UCUCAGGCCACCGUAGCAGUUUCCCUUCCCACUGUCGUUUACUCUUCACAGUCACAGCAUGGAUCCUCUCUCUAACUUUAUUUCGGUGUUUUAGCGUUAGUUUCGUGUUGUCUUGGGCUAAACGGAUUCCGGCGGUAUUUGAGAACCCAUCUACAGGCUAUGUUUACCACCACCGGCUCUCGGGGCCUGUACAAGGCUCCCCUGUCGAAAGGCCUCCUGCUGGUUCUCAAUGGGCUGACUGUCAUGCUGACCCUGCUGCCACAGUACCAGGAACUGUUUGAAUACAACCUGCAGGAUGUCGUAAAGCAGCACCAGGUGUGGAGGCUGUUGUUAGGCAGGCUGGUCUGUCUAGAUGUGAAGGAUGCCUUCUGUAGCAGCCUGCUCAUAUACAACUUCAGAAUCUUUGAGAGGAGAUUCGGCACGAGGAAGUUUGCUUCGUUUCUGUUGGGAACUUGGUUAAUCUCUGCACUGAUGGACUUCCUGCUUGCCCAGGCUUUCCAGUUUCUUUUUGAGUAUGAGGUGGAGGAACUGCCUGCAGGACUGCUCGCUCCAGUCUUUUCUCUGUUUGUGCCUUUCUACCUGUCGAUCCCUAGGAUGCCAGUUACCCAGGUCCUGGGCCACAUCGACAUCACCAAUAAGUCUCUGGUCUACGUAGUAGGCUUGCAGCUAUUGACCUCCAGCCCUUUCACCUGGCUUCUUGCUCUCAGUGGACUGAUCUCUGGGGGCCUGUACCACUCCAAUUUUCUCAGUUUACAGAAGCUCCUCUUUGUACCUGUCUGGGUGUCUCGUAUUGGACGGUAUUGUCUGGAGCCACUCUUCUCAAGCUCCGAACCAAGCAAUGAGACUCCCCUUGGGAUGGGUGCCACUUUGGACAUCCAGAGGCAACAAAGGAUGGACUUGCUUGACCAACAGCUGCUGCUGGCCCAAUACAACGAAGCCCGGAGGAACACCAGACAACAGCAAGAGCAACAGCCUGGAUUGCUACAGUGGACCAGGUUGUUUCCCUCGCUAAGACACAGAGGACAGAACCGACCCCCAAUGCAGCCCCAUCCCCAGGCCGAGACACAUCCUGAGACACAUCCUGAGACACAGCCACCUCUACUCGAUAACUCUCCUGUCGCAGAGGAACAGGUUGCACUGUUGGUGGAAAUGGGCUUUUCCAGGAUCGAUGCCCUGGAGGCCCUCAGAGCUUCAAAUAACGAUAUCAACAUGGCAACCAACUUCCUCUUGCAACACUGAGUAGGAGAGCUCAGUGAGUGAAGCAGAAUCGAAAGGGGAGAGAGAAGGAAAGCAGGAAGAGGGACAGAAGCAGAGGAGCCAAAAAAAAAAGAAGAAAAAGAAGCAAAGCGGAGACAAAAAGAAAGAUGGUGAAUGACGGAGAAAAAGGAGAGAGGACAAACAAUAUUUGUAAAGAUAAUCUGAAGGCGCUGUCACAGCUCCCUGAAGCAGUGUGCUGGGCUGAUCCUACCUGAUCCAAGCGCAAUAGCAGGUCUAUUAAUGGAGGAGUGUGAAGCACAAAAUGGAAGACAUUUGCGUCAUAGCGUUCGGCUGGGCAUCGUCGUGUGAAACAGGUGUCACAGCUCAAGGCAGAUGAGUGAGGCUGCUCACUCGAGGAGUGAAUAACACACAGAAACCAGACAGGUCAGAGCUUUUCUGAAAUAUAAAGUGGGUUAUUUCUUCAAACUGAUACUGAAAUAUACAAAUCAACUGCAGCCAUUCAAUGCAACUCAUUGGGUUGGGAACUCAAAUUUUAUCAACCCCCCCCCCCCCCCCUUUUUUUUUUGGUACUGCCACUCCAUUUCCAAAAUAACGGCUGUGUAACCAUCAUGUCAGACCCUGUUAAAUGGUUCGAGAUUAUAAGUAUGACUUGUAUGCAGUAAGAAUGCACACAUCUUUUGAAACCAUGGAUCAGAACACAUUAUGUCAUCUGUCAUUUUAAAUCUCAGAAUGGAGUGGUUGGACGGUUCUGAUCGAAUACGUUUUCUUGUUGAGUGCUCAGAGAAAAUAAUAGAAAACAGGAGUGCAGCACAUUGUAACAGUUAUUAAUGAGACAAUAAAGAGGUGCAAGUGGUCAUGACUACCACUUUAGAAUGCACAUUUAAAGAAUCGAAAUUAACAACCUACUUAACCAUGACUUUUGUCUCAGUUGUUAUUUAUUGGGUGUUGGUACAGGGGAUUAACAGGGGGCAACCCUUUCCUGCAUGAGAUGUUUAAAAAAAAAAAAGUUUUCAGCUCUGAUGGCCGCUAAUGUAGAAGCCAGAGCUGACUGGUUUGGCCUCUCUGUAAAGUUGUUGUUGGUGACAGACGGUUCUGUCCAGCAGGACAUGGCUUUGAAGGUCUACCUCAGGGUCUGCGAGGCAACUUCAUUUAAAGACGCAACCAUAUUUGCAGACGUAUAUACAAAGAGCCGCGGUAGCUCUUUUCAAGGAGGUGAUGUUUUACAACCCUCGACUGCUCCAUCGUUUUAGGCUCUCACAUGCUGCUUAUGCACACACUCCUCAAGGUUUUAUUUAUUCAGAGUCUUUUCUCUGCCAGCAGCUGUGGCUGAAUCAUAGCAAGUCUUAAAAAAAAAAAAAGACCGGAGAUAUUUAUUAUGCAAUAUCAUGACGGGAGAAGAAAUAUAUUGAGACUAUGCACUGCAUAGUGCCGACUUUGUGUGUUUAAAUUGUGCAAACAUUUUGUGCAAAAGACGUAAAAUUGCAGCCACUAUGUAUUGAUGUCAAAGACAGAUGCUAGUUUUAUAUUUUGUGCAUUAUAAUAUCGAUAACAUAUGACCACUGAAAUGAGUCUGUCAUUUGUGUGUAUGUAUUUUUUAGAGUGCAUAAAUAGUAUAUUGGUGUAAUGGGGCAGUUUUUGCAUGGACGGUUUUCCACAUGAACUGUAAAGAAACCUAUUUGAUCAGUGGAAGAAUAAAUCAACUUGCUGGCUCAA